AUGCUGACGUCGGCAGCCAAUGUUGUUUGCGUGCCAACUGGCGGAUAUUUGUUAAGAAAUGUGGGGUGCGUUCUUUUGACUUUAGCCGUAGGAUUGGAGAGGCUUCGCUCCGGCGCCGUCCUGCUGACUCUCGAGCUGCCGAGCAUUCUCGAGGGGGCUAAUAUGCUUCCACAGCGUCACUCGGAGGGGAGUGACGGUGCGGCAAAAGGUUCAAAAGUGCUUUUAAGGCCUUCACGAGGCUCCCUGCAUCGCGCCAGGCAACCUGUGCCUUUUUUUUCUAAAAGCUCCGGUGUGCCGUCUGCCUCUGAGGGAGCACCCGAUGCGCCAACGCACUCUUCAAAAGACAACGACGGUGGUGCAAGCAUCUUCUCCUUAGAAGCUUCUCUGCUGCAUCGCCUUGCCGCGCCGCUGGUGGAAGCAGCCGACGUUCUGGUGAUGCCCCUGCUGCACCCCCGCUGCUUUGCAGCGCAGCCUAGUCAGGACGCUUGGCGGGCAGACUCGCUCGGAGAGAUGCUGUGGCUUGGCGACGGCGACGGCGAAAUGAAUAGUGACGCAUGCUCCGAACGCGCUGCGAUUCCACCUCUCAGAAGAGGUCGCGCUGCUCUUGCGAGCGAUGAAGGAAAGGCUGCAGGCACACGCAAGUGCCAGUCCGCAGGCGGGUGCCAGGCCAAAAGGAGAGCCGAAAGCGUCGCCCAUCGAGAGCGCGAAGGGGGAGGGAGAGAGCGGGGGAUUCUCCCAACUGCCGCGCUUGCCACGCAUUGUUGUACUGCUGGGGGUGAGCGGCUUAGAGCUUUUAAGCACGCGGCCGGUAGAGACGCGCUGGCGGACUUUCUGAUUGGAACGCCCCCUACGGGGCCUCCAAGCUCAAUUGAAUUCACGACGCAUGCACUGGCCACUAAUGCUUGCGCAGCGGCCUUCAGAAAAUGCCUGAUGGAUGCAAAGAAGCGGCUUUCUGGGUUUCAGGAGCUGCAUGGGAAAGAGGGUGUUUCGCACUCUUUUGGCGCGAUGAUGCAAAAGGUCUUGGCCGAGGCGUUAGCGACCUACGACCACCAGACUCGGCCGUAUCAGCUCUCGUCGGAACGCAGUGUGUUGCGGGACGAGCUGCGGCGAUCUGUGGAAAGGGCACUUCGCCUUGCUUAUUUGAACGAUGAUAGCGGGGAGGGAGGGAAGGGGGUGUCUUGCGGCAGUGCCGAGAUUAACGGACAGGAAGCCGUAUCCAUAGAGAACGAUGCCAGAUCGAGGCUUCGAGCCCAGCUGGUGGCUGCGCUGCAAAAGGAUGCAGAACGCUUUGAAUCCUUGGCCCCCGGCAUAUUGCGGAAGACGCACACAACAGCCCUGGCGCGCCAUGUAGACCAGGCUAUUUCCCGUGCUGCUCUCGCACAUGCACGUUGUGGCGGUCUGUUUCGUGUGCAGGCCCUAGAGGCGGCCGACAAGCGCCUGAUGUGCUUGCUGCCUCCCGCGGCUGUUGGCAUGACGCGAAUUCGCAAUCAGCAGGACACUCCGAGCCAAACAAUGUUUACCGACACGCUGGAGCAUCAUUCAGACCGGGAGAAGGCGUUACAGGCAGCCGCCUCGGCUUCCCGGGAUGCUUGGCUGUGCCGCAGGUUUUGCGUCUCCCUGCUCGAAAUACACUUGGUGCUUCUUCAAAAGCUAGCGAAGAACUUUUCGACCAUGGCCGUGGAGAUGUCGCAAUCGCCGCUUGCCGCCUUGCUCAGACGACAACAUGUAUGUGCCGUAUUGGGAUACGCGACGGCUACCUGCCGAAGCAUUUGUAAAAGUGCGCUUCUUGUCAGCUUUGUUAUCUGCUACGCUCGCCCACAGAGUCGUCCGUGGUUGGGUGUUUCUCUUCGGCCGGCCCUCUCCAUUGCGAGCCUCCUUCGCAUGCGCGGAAAAGGCAACCUACAGGGCUAUUCGCGCUUCACAAACGAUGGCGAAGGGCUGGCAAGCGGCCGCCCCUUUGCUUUCCGCCUGCAACCCAAAAUUCAUUUUGACGUGGAGGUAGACUGA